AUGCUCGCCUCUGCUGCAGCUGUUGACUACCUUCGUGCUGAGGAGGUAGGAGCUGCGUCUGCCAGUAGUGGGAGGCGCCGCAGCGGCAGGGGCUGGAAGGGCAGGAGCGGUGGGGGUGGCAAAUGUGGAGGCGGUGGUGGGGGCGGUGGAGGCGGUAGUGGGGGCGGCGGUGGAGGAGGAAGUGGUGGUGGGGGCGGCGGGGCAGGUGGCGGCGGUAGUGGCGGCAGUGGGAGUGGUGGAGGUAGUGGUGGUGGCGGCGGUAGUGGCGGCAGUGGGGGUGGAGGCGGCAGCGGUGGGGGUGGAGGCGGCAGCAGUGGGGGUGGCAGGGGUGGCACCAGCCAGAGGGGAGGCCUUGGAGGUGGCCAGCAGCAGCAGCAACGUCAGCCCCUUUCGUCCCAGGAGCUCCGUGAGUGGUUUGCUCAGCGUGGGAGGACUGGGGGUAGUGGUCCCUGCCCGUAUGUUAUUCGCACAGGUCAAACAUACGAGUGGUCUCACACUCAGCACCGCUGCUUCAACCGCCUUACCGACGCCUUUCGCGCAGAGUUUCCUUAUGCACCUAAGCUUCCCGACUGGGCGGCGCUGCUUAGGCAGAAUGUUGAUAUCUUUGCUCUAGACUUUGAUGCUAUCCUAUCUGCCAUGUAUGCAUUGACUAUUGGUGAUGAGGGUGAUUGUUACCUGUGUCUGCCGCCAGACCCAGGUAUAGAGGCUGCUGCUCUAGGUGCUAGUGAGUCUGCUGCCCUAGGUGCUGGUGAGUCUGCUCUCUUUGGUACUGCGUCUGCUGCGGCCCUACACACCUUCACACUUGACUCAGGUGCUUCCUGCUGUCUCUUUCGCAACAGUACCACAGUCACACCGCUCACUGCACCUGUUGCUGUGUCGUUGGCUGACCCCUCUGGGGGCCCAGUCCUUGCACGUUCCUCCACUGUUCUACCCUGUCCGGCGGUUCCGUCUUGGUCAUUGUCAGGUCUCCUCCUCCCCUCGUUCUCUACGAACUUGGUGAGCACAGCUGCCCUCAAGGAUGCGGGGGUUGACAUCUUCACCCUUGGAUGGCAGCGUGUGGCGUUCUGUACGUGCUCUCGGACCGGUAGCCACCUGGCCUCAAUAACACGUCCGCCUAGGUCGAGUUUGUACACACUGACUACUGCGCCUCCUCAGUGUUUUAGUCAAGAGUCCACUUAG